AUAAAGACAGAUGACAGAAGAAAGACACGCAAACAAAACGGUAAAAUAAAACCCAAACUGGGUCACAGAGUCAAACCUUCCACCACCGACCGAACACAUUCUCUCAAUUCAACUACUAUCUUAUUAUUUACACUAAAUGCCACUGCCACCACCUCUCAUUCCCCCAGAUCCACCACCGUCUCCGCCGCAUCACUAAUCGCCGGAAAACACUUUUACAAAUAUCGUAAAAAAAAAUGGCGAAGAACUCGAAGCAAAACAUGUCGGUGCUACUAACAAAGCUCGGAGACCGAGACACCUUCACAAUGGCGGCACGUGAGCUCGACUUGAUGGCGAGACAGAUUGAUCCAUCCUCCGGGAAUCUCCAGUCUUUCAUCUCCGUCAUACUCUCCGCCGACACAGGCGACAAACCGGCGGUUCGCAAGCAUUGCAUCCACCUGCUCGCCGUCUUGUCCGUCUCUCUCCCUCCCAAUUCUCUCUCUCCUUUCCUCUCCAAGAUCCUCGCCCGCGUCACGCGCCGCCUCCGCGAUCCCGACUCCUCCAUCCGCUCGACGUGCGUGGCGGCCGUGUCGGCGAUCUCUUCCCGGACGACGAAGCCUCCUUUCGCCUCCGCCUUCAUGAAGCCGUUGGCGGAGGCGCUUUUCACGGAGCAGGAGGUGAACGCGCAGAUCGGAGCGGCGCUGUGUCUCGCGGCGGCCAUCGAUGCGGCGGAGGAUCCGGAUCCGGUGAGGUUGGGGGAGGUGCUGCUUCCUCGGGUGGAGAAGCUGGUGAAGUGUAAGGCUUUCAAGGCGAAGUCGGCGGGUGUGGUUGUGAUCGGAAGCGUGAUUGGUGCCGGUGGUGUUGCCGGUGGUGGGGGAUUGAAAGGGCUUGUGGAUUGCUUGGUUAGUUUCUUGAGUAGUGAAGAUUGGGCGGCGAGGAAAGCCGCCGCUGAAGCUUUGGGGAAGUUAGCUACGGUGGAGAGGAAUGGCUUGGGGGAGUUCAAAGCUAAGUCUUUGAAGAUCUUCGAAACCAAGAGAUACGACAAGGUGAAAGCUGUGAGAGAUGUGAUGAAUCAGAUGAUGGAGGCGUGGAGACAAGUCCCUGAUUUGUCUGAAGAGGUUUCUCCACCAAGAUCUAAUGCUUCUUCUAAAGGUGAUGCAAGUGAUGGAAGAUACCCUUUAUCAGCGUCUAGAGUUGCGUCAACGCCUGGUAAACCAAGAACGACUCCACCAGGGAGCUCACUAGCCACCACGGCUAGGAAACGGACUAACGUAAAAGGCAGUGAUCAGAAGAAAACAAGUUCAGUACCAUCGCGUGUUAAAUCAAACGCAAGGAGAAGAUUGGACUGGAAAGCUGGAGGAGAGCCUCUUGGAGAAGAGUAUCAUGAUCAUAAUGAGAACACAAAGGAAGUGAGUCACUCUAAUCAAGAGAAGAUGCAGAAGCUAGGAAGUGUUAGUAGUUCUGGUACUGGCAAUCUCCCACUAUCCGCUGCUAAUGUAGUGGCUACAGGACAUCAUCAUGUCUUGUCUGAAAACCAGAACAGUAGUAAUAACUGCAAAGGGUUUGAAGAUAUGUCUCUGAUCCGUAGUCAGCUUGUUCAGAUUGAACAACAGCAAUCCAAUCUAAUGGAUCUUCUUCAGAGAUUUGUCGGAAGCUCGCAAAAUGGAAUGCGUGCUCUGGAAACACGAGUUCACGGCCUAGAACUUGCGAUGGAUGAGAUAUCUUAUGACUUGGCAGUUUCAAAUGGGAGGAUGAGUAACGGUUCAGGCAGAAUCAGCUGUUGUCUCAUUCCUCCUGGAAGUUUCAUUAGAUCCAAAUUCUGGAAGAAACCAGAGCAGCAGCAGUAUUCAGCACCGAGGAUGGCUACUUAUAGGAACAGGAAUGCACAAACCAUGGGGACUCAAGACUCCAGGCAGCGGUUCAAUGGUGCUGCGGGAUUUAUAGUCAACCCACUAGCUGAAGUUCGACCAGAUCAUGGAUCUGCAGCUUUUCCUCACAAUUAAAAGGAAGAAGAGGAAACAAAAAAAAAAAAACCACUGUGUGAGAAUGUGGUGAUUCAUACUAAUUACCAAGUUAUAUAUUAGUACUACUACUACCCUUCGCAACCAUUUUAGUAUUUCUUCUUUCUUCAAAAUAUGUUGUGUACUAAAAUCCUUAAAGAAAAUUAGAUGGUGAUGAAGAUAUUCAAUAUAUGUGUGAAAUUUAUGAUGAUAUGUUGCUUUUCUUGUCAGAGUUUGCGUUAUGAUGUAAAUGAGUCAGUUUUCAUGUCGUAUAUUUACAAACGAUGAUUUGCUAAAAUCUGUAACAAUUGUAUGUUUCUUUUGUUUUGUU